AAAUCGUCCGGCACAUUUAGGCAGAUCUAUUUAUUUUUUGAUUAAUAUUUUUCAACAAUGCAAAUGCAUGUGCAUUGCUAAACGACCGAUAAAAGAGCAUAUUUAGUGACUAGAAAUAUUAAAAGCACAAAAUGCAAUUGGGCUCCAAGCUUCAUGUGUACAAGGGCGAGUGGGGACUGCCGUCCAUUGAUUUCGAAUGUAUGCGUGCCUUGUGUCUGCUGCGCUUUACCCGCUGCCCCAUGGACAUUGAAACAAACACAAACCCAUUGCGUUCGGGCGCUGGAAAAUUGCCCUAUCUACAGAUUGGCAAUGAUAAAUUUCUUGGAUAUAAGGAAAUUAAACGCGUGCUGGAUCUUGAGGGUUAUCCGGUCGAUGCGCACUUAAAUAUAAAACAAAAGCACUUGUCCACUACAUACUCGAACUGGGUAUUCACACAACUGCAUGCCUACUACCAUUACUUCCUGUACGGUGAACCCCACAACUAUGAUACAACCACACGUGGCUUGUACGCAAAGCGCACACCAUUCCCAUUUAAUUUCUACUAUCCUUCAACUUACCAGCGCGAAGCCACCGAUGUAGUCCAGGUGCUGGGUGGUUUCGACAUUAACGAUAAGCUGGAAAAGCAUGAGGCCGAAUAUCUGACAGCUAAUGCCAAAAAGUGUGUUAACUUACUUUCUCGUAAAUUGGGACGCAAGGUUUGGUUCUUUGGUGACACCUACAGCGAAUUGGACGCCAUUGUCUACAGUUAUUUGGCGAUUAUUUACAAAAUAACACUGCCCAAUAAUCCGCUACAGAAUCACAUAAAAGGCUGUCAAAAUCUAGUCAAUUUCAUUAAUCGCAUCACCAAGGAUAUAUUCCGCAAUGAAUGUUAUAGUUCCACCAAACUAACCAAAGCCUCCAGCCACACAGACAAUACGAUGACCCCGUCGGAGCGCAAAUUCUUGGAGACGGAGCUAAAUACAAAGAUUGUUGCUGGCGUUGGCGCUGUGCUUGCGAUGGGCGCAUUUGCAGCUUGGCGUGGCAUUUACACCCAGUUAACACGCUCGUCAACGGAUUAUGACGGCAUCGACUAUGAGGACGAUGAGUUGGAGGAGGUCUUGGAUUAGCUUCAGCUCUGUACAUUUAUAAUUUUAACCAUCGAUGUAUAUUUAUAAAUAUUUCGAAAAUGAGUGAAAAGGAAGGCACUGCAAAAAUUUGUGUUUAAGCAAUUUGUUUAAAAAGCACGCAUAUAUAUAUGUAUAUACGAUUUGAAGCUAUAUAAAUUAAUAAUGCGCCCUCCACCAUUAUUCAUUGUUUUUUUAAACUAUUUACCCUAUAUGAAAUUGUAUGUUAAAAAGAAAAAAUAAGCAGCAACCAAAACGUGAUUAAACGUACAACUGACGCUGCUAACGUUAAUUGUAACUAGAUUGAA